GGGAACAGACCAAGAAAAUCCCAGGGGGGAAAAGAAAAGGAGAAGGAAUUAAAAGAUGAACCCGACAGUAAACCCAAAGGUGCUCUCCUUAUCUCUUGUACUUUGUGUGAUUACAAAGGUAUGUGGUCAAAUCUGCCGUCCACCUUGCUAUUGCCCUUGGACUGUUCCCCGCUGUGCCCCCGGGGUGUCCCUUGUCCUGGAUGGCUGUGGAUGCUGCCGAGUGUGUGCCAGACAACAAGGCGAGCCCUGCAAUGAGAGGCAUGUGUGCGACCACAGCAAGGGCCUCUACUGCGACUACAGCCGCCAUUACUUGGGGGUUUCAGGUGUCUGUGAAGUUUCUACAGCCCAAGAAGAUUCCAUGUGUGAAAUGGAUGGAAAGCGCUACACGGAGGGGCAGAUCUUCCAGCCUUCCUGUCGACUCCAAUGUCAUUGUGUGGAUGGAGGGAUCACCUGCGUCCCGCUCUGCACUGAGGAUGUCCGCCUUUCCACUCCGGAGUGUCCGAACCCUCGGCGCGUGCAGGUGCCAGGCAAAUGUUGUCAAGAGUGGAUUUGUGAGAAGCACAGCAACUUUUUACAAAACGCCCUUCCAGCUUUCACGCCAGAUGCCAGCACUUAUGGAGUAUCCCAUUUUGAAGGCCUAUCUCCAUUUACCAACUGCAUUGAGCAUAGCACAGAAUGGAGUGCCUGCUCAAAAAUGUGUGGAAUUGGAGUGUCUACCCGCGUCACUAACAAAAAUCCGGAGUGCAGAAUGGAAAAGAAAAGCCGGUUGUGUAUAAACCGACCCUGUCGGAGCAUGAACAGACGUACAGCACCGGUGAGCUGAGAAACCUUGUGUGGCAGCAGGAUUUUGAAAACAAUGACUUUUGUAUUUUCUUUUAUUGUACACUUAUUUGCAUAUGAUCUGCAAGCACAACUGCAAUUACAUUAAGUUGGGAGGUUUAUUUCAAUGUAAUGAAAUGUAUAUAUGGAAUACUGUAUGAGGGAAAAGCUACGUAGUAACGAUCAUAUUUACCAUCAUGCAAUGUGAUCAUCACAGAAUCAUGGAGUUACGCAAACGCAAGUUAGUCCAGCAUGCAGAAGAGAGAUGUCAAGGAAAAGAAGUUGUGUUAAUGGACCGGAAGGUGUUCAGUUCUGGUACCCAAGACUGAUCCAGAGAGUGAGAUCUUUCACCCAGAGAAUGGAUAACGUUAUGGCUUCUUAAAGAUUUCCUAGCUAUGUUAUGGUUAAUACACCAUGAUGUAUGCAGGCUGCCCCGAGUGUUACAAAGAAACAUAAAUUCAGGGUUAGACAAAUGCUAUAUUAACAUGCUAUGAAAAAUACAAGCCUUCCCGUGGGAAAGUUCAUGUGACUGACCUGUGUUGUUCAAAUUUGCUAUGAUCUGACAUAAUGCUGAUUUCUUUAAAUCGAAUGUAUAAAUAGCAAUCAGGUCAGCUGAAAAUGGUGGACACAUUGUGUUUAAAAAGCGAUUUCCACUGAUUGCAUGGUUUUAUUUUUACUGAAACACAAGAGAAAAUCCUUAUUAGAUUUUUGAGAAAAUUGAUUGACAAAUUUACAGUGCAGUUCUUCUAAAACUCACGCUGGAUAGGCACAUGAUCACAUAGAAUAGGUAAGAAAGGGUAAAUUUAAGAAUUCCCAGAGCAUGUCAACUCUGUCUUAAUUUCCACUGUGGGCUGGAUGAUGAUGAUCUACUUAUUUCUGUACUGCUCCGUACACAAUUGGUGUAAAGUGUUUUGAGGCUGAGAGAACAAACUUUAGAAUUCAGUUCAAGUUUCGCUCUGUCAUAGGAGGAUUGGCUUGAAAAUGUCCCUGAAAUGUUUCUAUUUUGUUUUCUAUGUGUAAAAAUGUAAAUAUAUUCAGUAAGCUUAAGCUAUCACCUUGCUGUUACAGUAUAUUAAAAUUGUCAACUCAUUGCAUGUAAUCAUGAAAUAGUGAAACAAGCAUUUAAUAUAGUCAUUAAUUUAAGUGAUAUCUUUAACAAAAAGUAGGUAUUUAUUUCAUAUCUUUGCUUUUAUAACCAUCUAAUAUUUGUAACAGAUUUUGAGGAAAGCAAUCCUAUUGGCUGAAAUAUGCAAAACAAUAGAUUGAAACAAUGCCAAUGGUUUCAAAGAGAGUGAAGCUUGAAAAGCUGGAAAAUGCCUACUUCUAAAAUUGAUUUCAUUUCUUUAGCAAUGGAGAAAAUUGGAUUUGAGUUUUAUUUUUUUGAAGUCCCAAAUAUGAACCCUCGUCCUAUUAGAAGUUGUCACCGAUUGCAUUGGUCUGCAAGAAACAAAAUGUUUUUGUUCCUGUCAAAGAUUUUUAGGCCUUUCUGAUAGAUUUAAGGGAGCUCAGUCCAAAUCUCACAACAAAAUUACUCUGUCACAUUCAGGUUUGGGCGGCAUGGUGGAGUGGUGGGAAGCGCUGCUGCCACGCAGUUAGGAAACCCGGGUUCGC